CUGUCGCCGGACUACCGGCAGUCGCGGCGCGAGCUGGCGCCGGCGCCGCCGCGGGCCGGCACUCCGCCCCGCGGCCGCGCGCCCUCGCCGGCGCGGCCCCCGCCGGGGGCGGAGGCGCCGCGGCCCGAGUUCGCGCUGGCCUCGUGGCAGGCGCCGCGCCGCGCCAGCGCCGCCUCGUCGGGCGAGGAGCGCGCGUACGGCGCGCUGGCCAAGGCGAGCGCGCCGCUGGGCGCCAACGUGGCGCGCGCCGGCGGCGACAAGACGGGCGGCAAGGCGCUGCGCCGCAAGGUGCUCAACACGGAGCGGCGGGCCUGUGCGCGCCUCCACAACGGCGCCUCGACGGCGGCGCCGCCCCUCGCCCGCCGCGCCGCGCGCCAAAGGGCCGCCGUGCGCGCGCUGCUGGCGCUCAGCGGCGCCUUCUACGCGCUGGCGCUGCUCGCCUUCUACUUCCUCAGCCUGCCC